AACGUGGACAGUCAAAGCAACACAAGAUCGGAGCGGAGCUUUACGUGUUGCAUGAAAUCUUCCAAGACCUUUAAGCUGCAACAUGGCAGCUGCUCCUCCAUACUGUUCAGAGGGAGCUUCCAAUUCUUCCCUCAACCCCGUGCAUCCUCCCCUGCCACCACCACUGAGCUACUGUGUAGCACUGACGAUCACUUCUUUCACAGCUUCAGCAGCACCUGUGGACUAGAUAUGAGCUUUAUGAAGCUGCCAAGUAGUGUUUCUCCUUUGUUGGGGUAUUCAGCUGAGGGAAUGAUCGGUCGAUCGUGGUACAGCCUCGUCCAUCCUGAAGAUCUGUUGAUGAGUCCAGAUUCUCAUAGAAGUUUGAUGCACGCAGAUGAUGGCUUCCAGGUGGAAAUGGUGCUCAGACUCCAGCGUGUGGAUCUGUCGUGGUGUUGGAUCUAUAGUCAAGCCACAAAAGUCUCUGGAGAGUGUCAGACCAUCAGCUGUGCCAACUUCAUCAUCAGUGAAACUGAGGCCAAAUUUCUACAGAAGGAAAUCAGCAGCGUGGCCUUCAAAUCAUCUUUUCUGCCAAAUUCCUACCACUGUGCUCAACACCCUCAAAACUCCAACAAUAAAAGGCAGAGGACAUCUAACAGCCAGACUGAGGAGACAGGUGGCAGAGCUAUGAGGGAGUCUGAGCAAGACAUAGACUGUGUGGUGAGCAGCUCUUCCCCAAGCAGCAGCUCACCUGUUCUCCUGGGUGAUAGCCCUGCUGUCUUCAUCCCUCCGUACAGCCCUGCCUCCUCCAGCUCCUCUCUGCAGCAGGAGGAGCUCAGCCAUGACAUUCUGAUGGAUGUGCAUGAAUGCUUAGAUCAGAGGCUGUGCUCCCCUGAGGGCUCUCCCUCCCAUUACUCCUACCCAGAGCAGGGCUCCUUCCCUGCAGCCACUCAAACCUUUGGCAUGCUCUGCACUCACCUCCUAAUCUCUGACCUACGAUUUCCGAGCUUGUACAUGUUCAAUUCUGUUCCUCGCUUAGUUCCAGACUGUUCAUUUGUAUCCAGGUGUGAGAGCCCAGUGGCCUUUCCUCUGGAUCCAGACAAUUUCAGCCUUUUGUUGCAGCCACAAGAGGGCAGUCUUGUCCAACUGCAUCAUGGUGAUCCUGAGUUACCCAUACAUACCAAUCUUUUUAAUCCCAUCCAGUCUCCUACAUCCCUAGAGCCUAACCAGUACAGUGAGAGUGAGCAGGUGGAGAUCAGUAUUCUGGCUCAGCAGAAUGUGGUGCAACCUGCAGCCAUUAAUACCCUGCCCUCAGUCUGUCACUGGCCCCCAACCCUACUUUCCCCUCGUCUUCCCAAUCCUGCACUGGUCUUCAACAGUUUCAUGAAAGAUCUGAAAAUAGUCACAAGAAAAACCAAAUUGAGGCCUACCAGUUACCAGCAGGGCUUAGUGUGCGGCAGGAACGGGCCCCAUCCCCUUCAGGAGCAGCAGGAGCCCAUUGGCUUCAUUGCAAAGGGGGCCCUGGCUGUGGAGCAGUUCACCAUGGGCAGCAUCACCAUAGAUCCCAUCAGUAUGCAGUUGGGACACCGUGACUAUACCACUGGGUUGCAUCAACUCUAUUCAGCAGCUAUAUGCACAGCAGCAUUCAGCAAGGUGGGCUUGCUGAAGAAAAUCUGUACUGAAAUAAGUCAGAGACUUAUGACCACUUGUAUGACACAUCGUCAGAACCUCCCACUGGAUUUAAAGAAGAGUAUCAACCAAAGGAGCAUCCAAAGCUCGACGAGGCCACAUCAGUCAUGAGAUCAGGAAUAUGCGAGCUCUGCUGCCCAUCACCCUGGAGGACCAGGAGCGACUCUCAUACCUUCACUCCAUGGCCAUCAUCUGCACCUACAUCAGGAAGUCUGUUCUCUUCCAGGGGCUCCCAGCUGGAGCGAGAUCACACUGCUCUCUGCCACACGACGCCUUUCUUCAAGCCAUGCAAGGCUUCAUCCUCGUCACUACCGCACAGGGCAGGCUGGUCAAUGUGUCAGAAAAUGUAGCUGAA